AUAAAAUUUAACAGAAAAUCAAAGAUUUUAGUAUCCCCUUACUCUUAAACAUCAAUAGGAAUUAAAAUUCUUCUGACGUGGUUUGAUAUUCAACCAAUUAACAAACUCUAGAGCUCAAGUUUACAAAUGUAACAAUCACUAAUGUGCCAAAUCCAUAUUUGGGUGAUUGGACUGCUGAAAUUCUUAGUCCUGGAGAUUUAGUUACUAUUAAAAGUCCAGUAAAGAAACUUGUACCUCAUGAUAUUAUGAUGAUGGGUGGAGUAAUGGAAUAUGAUGGAGUCGAAUUUGCUAACUUUGACAUUCCAGCAUGUGAUGCAUUUACAGAUAAGGCUUAUGGUGAAGAUAUACUUAAAAAUGGAAAACCUGAUGGUAAAUUUCCUCAGAGUUGCCCAGUUGCACCGGCUGACUAUUAUGAAAUCUAUAAAUAUAAAGUUCCAAAAGAAAAAUUACCACCUGGUGUACCAAACGGUAAAUUUUCUGGUGUGAUUACUGUGUAUGAAAAGGGUAAAGAUCCUGCUUACGUGAAAAUAGAAUUCGAUGGAAUAUUAUCACACAAAUUACCUGGAGGACUUGGAAUCGCCGGAUAA